UAUAUUUCAAGAGAUACUCUGCAAUAAAAGGACAAGAUCUCUUACAAUUUAAGACAAGAAUGGCUCUUUCAAGGUUGAUCCUGCUGUCUCUUCUGCUGACUGCUCUACUACUUGAAACUGCUACUUGCAAGAAACAGCACUGCAGCCAAUGCUGCUCUAUUGUGGAGAAUUUUCCUGCCAGGCUCAGGCUGCUCAGGGAAUCCUUUAGCAAGAUAAGGAACUACUAUGAAUCCAAAGAUGACAUUGAGACUGCACUGCUUGAUGAAGCUGUUCUAAAUGAUUUUCAAACUCCUUUCGGAUGCCACGCAAUGAACGAAGUUCUACGAUUUUAUUUGGACACAGUUCUACCAACUGCUAAGAAUGAAGACGUCAGCGAAGAAUACAGAGGUCCUAUCUCCAAUAUUGGCAACAUAUUUUAUGAGCUGAAAAGGGACAUAGUUCACUGCAGGAAUUACUUCUUGUGCAAGAAGCCAUUUGAACUCGACAGCAUCAUGAGUACCUACAAAGAGAUGCAGGGUCAAGGGCUGUACAAAGCGAUGGGGGAACUGGGCAUGCUGUUCAACUACAUAGAAGAGUAUAUGGUGUCAAAGAGACGAAGAAACUGAACUGGUUAAGACCUCUGAACUGAACAGACCCCCUCCCCCCCCCGACAUGUGACAGACUAUUCAACUACAUCCAUCAAAAAAGGAACUACUGCGCUCUGGAGUUAAACUGGACCAUUCAUUUCAUGAACCUUCCUUCCGCCCACUUCACAAGAAGAAAACGCACAUGUCCGUACCAAAGUAGAGGAUUCACUGAACAUGCAAAACACCUUGUGAAAACAGUAUUUAGUAUUUACACCUUUAACACGUGCACAUUUCUCCUGUUAUUUGCCAUAGUGAUUGUAAGAUUUUAUUUGGGAAAAAAUUAAGAGUGCAUAGUUUUGGUGCUGGGACUCAUCUGCGACCGCCAGAUGGCAUACAUAUGCCUCAUGCCUAGCAGGACCAGCAGUGGACUCGCCUUUCCAAAACCGUGACACUAAGUAAUCGUUGAAUACAUUGCUGUGUUGUAUGGACAUGUUAAAUGGCACCUAGAGCUGCUGAAAAAAUUGAGCAAGCAAUAUGUAGAAAUGGAUAUUGUAUACACUUACAAGAUU